UCAUUUCCUCCUCUCAUCUCUCCCUCCUCCGCUCCGCUCCUGCUCUGCUCUAAUCGGCAAGCAGCACCUUGGAAGGAAAACAACAACAACAACAACAACGAAGAUUAGGAGUUGUUGAAAUUCGCUCUCUUCUCCGUCACAGCGAGAUUUGGCUUCGCCGGUGCUUCGAUUCUGAAGGCUCUAAAGAGAGACAUGGCUCGUUUUCAGGAAACCAAGCCGGAUCUGCUGAAUUCCGGCAGCGAUACGCGGAUGAUGGCCGAGGCCCGCCUCCCCAAGGCGCGAAAGCCGUACAUGAUAACCAAGCAGCGGGAGAAAUGGACCGAGGAGGAGCACAAGCUCUUCCUGGAAGCCAUGCAGCUCCAUGGCCGCGCCUGGCGCCGAAUUCAAGAGCACAUAGGCACCAAGACGGCUGUGCAGAUCAGGAGCCACGCACAAAAAUUCUUCUCCAAGGUCACCCGGGACUCGUCCGGGGACAGCGGCGGCAGCAGCUCCGGCGCCGGGCCGCCGAUCCAGAUCCCGCCGCCGCGGCCCAAGAGGAAGUCGGUGCACCCGUACCCGUGCAACCUGAGGAGCGCGCAGCCGGGGAAGCACGCCCAUGCCGCGCUCCUGCGGGUCGACAAGCCUCAGCUGUCCAUGUGUGAGCAGGGGAAUGGCUCGCCGACAUCCGUGGUGACCACCUCGCAGAUAGGCUUGGGCUCCGAGAGCUUCGACAGCGACACCUCGACCAUCGACAUUGAAGAGCGAUGCCCCACGCCGAGCACGGGGACCGCCGAGGUCGCUGUGCAAGCGCCACCAACCAAUGAUGCUAAGAAAUCCAAGGGCAGUAGUACUUCAGAAGAAGUGGUGUGUGACAACACGUCCGAUGCUCCGGUCCUGAAGCUGUUUGGGAAGACAGUUGUUGUGAAUGAAUCACACCAGCUGCCAAGCCCUGGUACCUGCGACCUGCAAACUGCCGCGGAUAUGGAACUGGAUACUUCGGCCGAGACACCCACCAGUGCACCAGAGGCAAACACAUGGAGCCCAUGGCUGGCAAACUCGCAGCAGUUCAUGUACUAUGUUCCUCAGGGUGCAGUUUUCUUCGGCUACAACAAUGGAAGUGUGCCGUACCCCGUGCCGUCGAGCCCCAAGGCAGGUCAACAGCACCAGCAACAGGCUUCUGAAGCCGCCGCCGAGCUUAGGCGGAGGGAAGCGUCGUUGAACACGGCCUCCAGCAGCGUGGCUGAAACAACAGCCAGGAAUUCUGCAGAAUCAUGCACGGGAGCGGUCGGCGGCGACGACGAAGUGGUGCAUGCUGCAGGUUUGAGAGAGCGUGUGAGCCCGACCUUGGUCCAGCAGCGAGGGUUCAUGCCGUACAAGAGGUGCGCGGCAGAGACCAAGGCGAUGCAGCCCCAGGCUCCCAGGGAGGAGGCGGAUAGAGAGAUGACCAGGCUCUGCUUGUAAACCAUGGAAGGCCUGAGGUACAGAGUGUUCAUUGGGCGUCUGCGAUCUCGCCCCAUUGGUGGAGGUUCAGAGGUCGACGUUGACCUAUAUAAUAUUGGCGUAGUUGUAGUAGGAUCGAUCGCCCUGAUGUAAAUUAACUAUUGCACAGCUCUCAUCAAUGGCAUGGCAGGAGAAUGCCGCAAGGCCUUCUUAGUUGUACGUACUAUGUUCUUGACAAAUGCACUUAGCGCCGA